GCGAUUCCUCAACGAUGGCAAGGAUGCCGUCGGCGAUGCGAUCGCUCGCCUCGGUGGCAAUGAUGCUGCGACGCUGGGCGGUCGCGAUUUCAGCCGACUGGCCAUCAUGACCGCCAUCGGGCAGUGGUUCGCCGCUAUUUCGGUUGUUCACCCAGAGCCCGAAGGCCCAGAUGACCACGCAGGCGGCGAUGGCCACCCGCAUCUCGACUUGAAAGGGGCUCCGAUGCACGUGGACAUGCCCGACCUUGAUGGCGCAGCUGGUGCUGAUGUUCCCUUCUCAGAUGACGGGGGGCUCGGACCUGAUGCCGACGAAGCUUUCGGAGAGCCAGACGGCGGCGACUGCGUUGGCGGCGCGGCGACGCCCGUCGACCUCAGCGACGCCGAGUCGGACGCUGCAGCCGCGGCCGCCGAGAAGCUGAGCAACGCUAAGCGCGCCGAGGACAUCAGUAUAUUCUAUGACUACCAGCUGGGGUGCGACUGCGUGGGGAACGCAAUCACUCGCGAGAUCGGGCGCCUGCCGCAGUCGGAGUUCGAGUGGGGGACCAUCAUUCUCGACGGCAUGGUCAUUGCUAUCUCUGAAGCGGACGGCGAGCGCCCCGUGCGCCUUGAUCUUUCUUGGGUCUUCAAGUUUGACGUGCGGUCAGAUGCGUCCAAUUCCAUCCUGAUUGUUACUGGCAGCAAAAGGGAUACAGUUAUCCGUUCGCUGAGCUCUCUCAGGGAUUCGUUUACUUCGUGGAGUUUGAGGGUCAAGCACGGUAACACUGCGUAUGAGGAUCUUACUGUCUCUAAGUUUGCAUUGCCUCGGCAUGGAUGCUACUUAUAUUGGAGCGUGCCAUGUUUAUACGAUGCAUUUGGCUUCAAGCGUGGCGACGAAAGCAAGGCGGCCGAGAAGACCAAACAUAAAUACAUCAACAAGCGUUGGAACAGUUGGGCGUCAAGCGUCUCUGCACUUGGUAUCUCUGGAUUUCUGAAUGGGAAAGUUUCUGGUGAAUCCGAGGAUGAUGACAAGCUCGCUAUCGACAGCUCCAGGGUUCUCAGAUUCAAGUCUGUAUCUUCAGUGUGUUUGAUCGCAUGGAUGGGCCGCAUGGGCAGAGCCAACGUGCAGUCAGGGGGUUUGCAGGAUUCCGAUGAGAGGGAGGCAGUGAAACAGUUUCUGACCACGCUUGUUUCGCACGUGUUGUUUCGCCCUGGCGGCUACAAGUUUGUCUUUUUCGCGAGCGACGCUCACCUUGACGACUUCGGCGUGCUACAUGGUCAGAAGCCCUUUUCGCUUGUCGUGAAGCCUGAUGGUGCUGUCGACUUCGGUGGCCUUGCGAAGCUUGCGAAGACGAAUCGGAAGGCGUCUAACUUGUUGAAUGCAAUCCAGUACGAUGUGCUCUGCAAUUCCCUCGUUGUGAACUUCAAUGACAUGAUGGUGAGGUUGUUCGCAUACCCAGCGAAGCACGUCGCAGUCAAGAGUUUCUUCGUGCAGAUGGCGGUGCGCGUGGGCCAGGCAGUUGACGAGCACUUACUUGACUUGGCUGCUAAGUCGAGCCAGGGGGUCGUUGCCAAGGCAGGGCUCGUCGUGGAGCUAGUCGAAGAGAACGUUGAUCCAGACCACCAGAACUACUUGUACACCAUGGCCGCGAAGGAUGUCAUGAAGUCCACGGGCUGCCAGUUCUUGUCAGGCGCAGUGGACAAAUCCAGGGUGCAGACGUUCGGCUUGGAGACGGGCGUGUUCGCGUUGCCAGACAACAGGGCCUUCUGGGCUCCCGUUCAGGACCGAGGCUGCCGCGGCAGCAAGCCUAUGGAGACCGACGGUUCCAACAGACCGCGGGGAGGCCGGCGUGCGGAUAGAGACCUCGAGGUUCUCCAGGGCUUGCCGCCUCGGAGCCUGGAGGACGUUGCAGACUACGUCGGCGACUUGACGAUCGCCGAGGCUAUCAGUGCUGAUGAGUUCGAGGCUGCCAAGAAGAAGAUCGCGGAGAGGCAGCGAGCAUUCCUCAAGAGGAAGCGCGGUGCCAGGGGCCAGGCGGAUUGGAGGCCUCCGAAGAGGCAUAGGAAGAGCAGUCUGCAGUGGAUUGGCCACCUCGAUAAGAUGUUGAAGCCGUUCCUCGACCAUGGAGCUUGUCAUUUCCGUCAGCCUGCUGAACUCGAGAAGAGGGACAAAGCAAUCAACUGGCCCCGCUUGUCGAUAUGUGCCGACCAGGGGUCCGAUGGAGUCUGCGCUGCUGGGUUUGCUGCGAAGGUUCUCAAUCUCAACGUAGAUAUGCCUUGGGACCAGACGCACGGAGCACACAACGACAUCAUGGACGGCUUCAGGGAAGCAGGCGAGUACCAUCGCAUGGCAUUUGUAGCUUUGCGGCUCAAUAUACCCGUAUCACCGUGGCUUGAGAACAUGCGCUGGAAGCAAGUGCUUGGAUGUGCUGGAGAGCUCUUCGACAAGUACGAGCACCCGCGCGAGCUGCCGUUCUUUGCAGACAUGGAGCACGCCCUCAUGCACGAGCCCGCUGGUGUGAAGUUCCUUCAGACAGAUGAGCCGCCCGUCGCGUUCUGGGAGCACUUGAAGACCUCCAACGCUUUCACGAACAGGGGGACCAAGAUCAUGAUAGGGCGUUACGGGGACAUCAUUCGCAAGUUGAGGUCGGAGUUGCCGCACUUCGAGCAGCGCAAGUUCUUCUACAUGGCUGCGUGCCAAGAGCUAGACAUGCUGCACGGCAGGGCUUUCACCAAGAUGUUGUGCGAAAACGACGCCAACCUCGACGACCCCAACGCAGACACAGCCGCCAAGAAGGACACGUCCGCCGAGAAGAAGUUGCGCAAGCAGGGCUGCAAUCAGAUGGUCACUGGCCUGAUGGAGAUGCUCAGCUCAGAUUGCAAGGCGAAGGACGCCUGCAUGGUUCACGCAGCGACCCCGUGGGAGCAGUGGAUGGGGAAAUCUAACGCAGAGCUUCGAUCAGUUGGCGCUGCCGUCCCCUUCGUCACGAGGCAGCUUGACUCCGAGUUCCUAGGCGCGUGCAUGGAGACCUUCAACGUUCUCGAUACCAUCGGCUCCAUGCCAGAAUGCGGGUUCACCGUCGCCACGGAGGCGAGCAUCGCGAACAUCUCGAGUGACCAGGUGGUAGCCGAAGAAGAUGAGAUUGCUGCCAUGCUCGCCCAUUCGGCCAUCGGCAUCAACUUCCACAGACUCAAGCGCAUGUCUUGGAUGCUGGUCGGUUGGAACUCCAGGUCCGCCAGGUUCGUUCGAGAUGACGCCGUCGCGAAGGAAGACUUGGCCCUGUUGCGCAAGGACUUUGAGAACUUCGAGAGGUUGCAGACAUUGGUGGGCACAGUGCGAGGCAUCAAGGAGGUGGUCGAGCGCAGCUCUUUCAACGACGUCUCCGUCCAGCAAGUGUACCAGGUCUUCAAGGAGAGCGACUUCGAGUUUACGGACGAGGUUAUGGAUUUCUUCAAACAGGCGAACAGUCGAAUCCUUUUGUCUCAGGCCUGCGAAGACAGCUUCAACUUGCUGAAGGCGCGUAGCACGCACCAGAACAGGAUGGCCAGCCUGACGUCGUUGCACAACAAGCUGGUGAACGGCAACGUGCUGCAUGAGAAGCACAGGUUUCGCAGUACAGGGUUCUCGCAGAGUGCCGACAUCCCUCGAGGAGCUUGUCACCAAUUGUCGGACUACACCAUCAAGAUGAAAGACCUGCCGAAUGACUUCUUGAAAGUCACGUCUUUCAAGCAGGAACCCUUCUGGCAUUCGCCUGGUGUCGAGCGGCUUGGCGUGCCUUUCGGUGAUUUGCCCAUCGUGGAGUUUGCAGUUCGCACGGGCACUGAGGACGAGCUGCAGUUCGCGUGGCUCGGGGAGGUCAUCCACCUCUUGAACGACAUGGUUGUCAGGAAGAAGGGCGUGCACGGGGAUGCAGAUUCUGGGUGGAUGUUGGCAAUGGGGUCCUUACCUAACGGCGCUUCUAUCAUGUGGCCCAUGGACUUGGUGACUGUGAAGUCCCCUGUUGGCGACAUCACGUAUUUCAAGCCAGCCCAGGUUAAGGAACCGCGCAGUUUGUAUCACCUCGUGUCUGAUCUGCGGGGAUGGGAGGCUCAGAAGAUCCAUUGGACAUGCCCGCACGUGCAGAUUAUGAGCUGUGGUGGGAUUGCCAACUACAAGGCGCACUUCAAGUCGGCUGGCAUUCGGCCGUUCGCCAAUGGUGAUCGUGAGGAUCUUCUGGUUGUUGCAGCGCGGUCUUGUUUCGGGAAGAUGAAUAAGACUUGGUGUUCGAGAUUGGCUUCUCAUCUUGGCUUGGAGCUUCCAUCGCCUUGCACGUUGAUGAACGUGCUUGAGGUGCUGAUCCAGCACGUCUUGGAUCCAACGCCCACGGAGAUGAUGAACAUACUGGCCUUGCGGUUGUCGUCGCUGCUCGCGAAAGAGGCGGACACGAUCAACAUGUUCUUGGACGUGGAAGGCAGCUGGGAGUACUUCGGCAAGGGCGACGGGGAAGUGUUCGACCAGGUGAAGAAGCAUGCCCAGCAGCAGAAGUUCGAGAGGAAGGAGUACAGGGAGACCUUCCGCAAGAAGGCCAAGGUGCUGAGGGGGGCAGCGCCGCCAGCCAAAGGCGGCGCGGGCCGCGGCAGGGGCCACAAGGGCAAGGGCAAAGGCAAGGAGCCCGAGAAGAAGAAGCUCCCCGAGGGCGACUUGGUUCAGACGGAUUUGAAGCCCUUGGUGCCACCAGGGGGGUUCAUCUGGCGCGGGAGCGUGAAUGGCUCGUGGCAUUCCCACUUCCCGCCGUUCAAGCGCUUCUCGAAGAGCUGGCACCUCCACGGCCACAGGUGGAGCGCGGUGUUAGUGCUUCGGGACUUGUGGGCCAAGUAUCAUUUGAUUCGUGGCGAGACCACGGAGAGCUGCCCAAUCGAUGGUCUCUUCUCGGAGGAUCCGCCUGGCCCUGAGGAGGACGCAGACUGA